CACACCAACAUAUACAUAUACACGUACGCUGAUACACUUUCUUCCGCUCUCUCUCUCUCUCUCUCUCACAUGCUCUCACGCAAAAAUACAGAAACACACAGACACACACACACACAUACACUCACAUGCUCGCACACACACAUACACACACACACUCAUAUUUCCGCUUAUACACACAUACAUACACGCGCGUACAAGUGCCCUCAACCUGAUAUACAUUCUCAUAUCUCCACUUACACACGCACACAUACACACAUACUUGUCACUCUGUGUGUGUAUAUGUGUACAUGUUAAAAAUAUGGGUGUGUCUGUGAACAAAAGUCAAAGUAUAUAUUUAUGUACAACUUUGCAGUUUCUAUCCCAUUUGGCAACUCCGAUCACCAUCAGAUCAUGUUGAAAGUUCUGAGUUCUGUGCUGGCUCUUUUGAUGACCUCGGGUCAUUAUUUGGGCUUAGAAAUUAACCUACCCGAACUAGAGAAUGGUGGAGUCCACUGGGCGUUGCUGGUAGCCGGUUCCAAUACGUGGUCGAACUACCGUCAUCAGGCUGACAUCUGCCACGCCUAUCAAGUCCUGCACAAGAAUGGAAUUCCAGACGAAAGAAUCGUGGUGAUGAUGUACGAUGAUAUUGCACACAACAACAUGAACCCAGAGCCAGGUAAAGUAAUUAACAAACCGAACGGUGUCAACGUCUAUGAAGGAGUACUAAAGGAUUACACUGGAGAUGAUGUGACCCCAAGCGUUUUCCUGAACGUUCUACAAGGCAAGAAGGAAGCUCUGGAAGGCCGUGGCAGCGGUAAAGUCAUUGCCAGUGGACCCCAAGACAACGUUUUCGUCUAUUUUGCUGACCACGGAGCACCCGGAAUUAUCGCAUUUCCUUCAGAAUACUUACAUGCAUCCCAGCUACACACCGCCAUCAUGAACAUGCAUGAGCAGAAGAGAUAUAACAAGGUAGGAACUGGUUUUUCUUUUUUC